UUCACAGUUUUUAUAACAAAAUUUGCCACCGGAAAAAAUGUCAGGUGGUGUUGGUCCUAGUGGCGACAUACUCCUCAAGGAAGAAGAACCUAAACAUGAUCAACAACAACCUCAACAUCAACCACUACCACCAGAAGCCCAACAAAAAGCCCAUAUCCGACGUGGCAUCUUCUCGUUCCAACAGCUCAAUGCGUUAGCGGUCGCGGUGGUCCUGUCGGCCUCGGGCAUGGUUGCGGUUGAAGAUUUCGCGUUUGUAAUAUUCUCAUUCUUUUACAUGUACUUCAUGUCCAAAGUUGCGUUCCCCACUCUCCAUCCGUCCAACAAUCACCAGGUUUUCGACGAUAAGAACCGUCUCCUCCGCGUCUACUCGUUCGUUGGUGUUGUUGUCGGACUUAUUCUUCCGGUGGCGUACAUAUUUGAAGGGAUUCUUGAAGGAGAUAAAGAAGGUAUCAAAGCAGCAACUCCACAUGUGUUCUUGUUGGCCAGCCAGUAUUUUCUAGAAGGGGUGGCGAUUUCGGCCCGGUUUUCGUCCCCGAUGCAGAUGCUGGUGCUGGUGGUGUAUAACUCCACAAGAAUAUUUGCGUUGAUGGAGUGGGUGAGAUGCGAGGUAUCGAAAGUGGAACAGGAGUUUCAUGGAAGUAGUAGAAGGUUGUAUAUGGGGACAGUGUUGGCAGUUGUUAACUUGGUGUAUUGGGGGUUUAAUUUGUUUGGGUUUUUGUUGCCGUUUUAUCUUCCGACAGCUUUUAAGAGGUACUACUCCGAGGGAAAGAAUGUUAAGGAUUAAGAUUGAUUGAAGACGAUGAUGCUGCAAAUGUGUUAAAUUUGUUUUGAGUUGAUGUUUUAGGAUGUGUAUAUUUAGAGGGAUUAUCGAACAUGAUGAAUGAUUUUGUUUUCGAGUCGUAUA